AAAUUUUUGUGUAAACAAGAUAUUUUAAUUUUUAAGAUUAAAUUCUGUAAUAGAAAUAUUGCUGAUUACUUACUUAGUUUGAUUCUAUUUAAAUUGCACGUCUCUAGACAGUGACUUGAAAUUAUCCAUAAUUUAAAAACUAAAUAUGACGAAAUUAUUGGAAUGGUUGUCGGUUCUAUCCGCAAUGUUUGCUGUGUGGUAUUCAUUAAUUGGAGGUUAUGUGAAGCACCCACUUAUUGAAAAGAAUAUCAAUCUUAUUUUAAUAUCUCCUUUAAUAUUUGUCGUUUUGUUUGGACUCUAUGCAGUUACUGUAGUUCUAUAUCGAGUAUUCACAUUUAACAACUGUGAAGAAGCAGCCAAAGAACUACAAAACGAGAUUGCUGAGGCUAGAAAGGACUUACUGGACAGAGGACUUAAAAUUUGAGUGUAUCUUAACACUGUUACGCUGUGAUCAAUAAAUUGUUUAAGUUUCCAAAAUAAUAUUUGUUGCUCUUGUAAUGUAUUGAAAUAAAUCUGCAG